UGGGUGGUGUUCGAAGGGAGCCUUCGGACUAGUGGGAAAGGUUUCUUCUUUUUUUCUUUGUUUUUGUUUUUGUUAUUGUUUUUUUCAAAGCAUUUUUUCAGAUUAUUAUAAUUUUGUCAAGUGUCAGAGCCUCUCUGAAACUCGGGCGGCUAUUCGAUCCACAGGAAGUUUAUUCUCAGCUUCUUUUUUUUUUUUUAAAGGAGGAAAUAGCCGCAGAAGUUUCUCAAAGCGAGCUUUCUUAGCUGAAUGUCCACGGCUCCCAUUGACAGGGCUCUCUAGUUCGGUUUCCAGGCUUAUUUUUUCUCUUUACUCCCCCUGCCCCAUUUUUCUUUGCGGACAUCGAUUCCGUUCCCCUUCCCCGAGAAUCCAGGUUCCCCCCGCCCCCACCAGCCCGCUCUCUCUGGUUGAGAGGGGGAGGGCGAGUGGGAGGGCCCGAAGGGAGGGUCGGACUUUGGGGAGAGAGAGAAAGGGCUAGGCGUCCAGCUGGUGCCCGGCAGAAGUUCUGAGCGCGCCACUCCGGGGCUCAACGCAAUCGACUUCAGGCUUCUUGACUCUUCGUCCCCCCCCCGGGGAGCGUUUGGAAGCACUCGGCCUGGGGGAGGGGGGUGGGAAGGGUUUAAAAAUACUGAGACUACCCGGAGAGGAGAUCGUCGGGGGCGAGAGCGCUCCAGCAAGUGCGAGGCGGGGAGGAGGAGGAGGAGGAGGAAGAGGAGGGUGGGGGAAAACAAACACCCUGUUUCCUCUCGGGCUCCCACCGCGGAUCAUGUACCAGGAUUAUCCCGGGAACUUUGACACCUCGUCCCGGGGCAGCAGCGGCUCUCCAGCGCACGCCGAGUCUUAUUCCAGCGGCGGCGGCGGCGGCCAGCAGAAAUUCCGGGUAGAUAUGCCAGGAUCUGGCAGUGCCUUCAUCCCCACAAUCAAUGCCAUUACCACCAGCCAGGAUCUUCAGUGGAUGGUGCAGCCCACAGUCAUCACCUCCAUGUCAAAUCCAUACACCCGCUCCCACCCCUACAGCCCACUGCCCGGCCUCGCCUCGGUCCCAGGGCACAUGACUCUUGCAAGACCUGGGGUGAUCAAAACCAUCGGCACCACCGUGGGCAGGAGAAGGAGAGAUGAGCAGCUAUCUCCCGAAGAAGAAGAGAAAAGAAGAAUUAGGAGAGAGCGGAACAAGCUGGCAGCGGCUAAGUGCCGUAACCGACGCCGGGAGCUGACUGAGAAGCUACAAGCGGAAACAGAAGAGUUGGAGGAGGAAAAGUCAGGGCUGCAGAAGGAGAUAGCUGAGCUGCAGAAGGAAAAGGAGAAGCUAGAGUUUAUGCUGGUGGCACAUGGGCCCGUGUGCAAGAUCAGCCCCGAAGAAUGUCGGACCCCGCCAUCCCACAGCCUGCAGUCCAUGCGCCCCGGCAGCGGGGUAGGUACUGUUGUGGUGAAGCAAGAGCCCUUGGAAGAAGAGAUCCCAUCCUCCUCCUCUUCAGCCCUGGACAAGGCCCAGAGGUCCGUCAUUAAGCCCAUCAACAUUGCUGGGGGCUUUUAUGGGGAGGAGCCCCUCAACACCCCUAUUGUGGUGACCUCCACUCCAGCCAUCACCCCAGGCACCUCCAACCUGGUCUUUACCUACCCAAACGUGCUGGAGCAGGAGUCCCCCGUAUCCCCUUCUGAGUCAUGCUCCAAGGCCCACCGGAGAAGUAGCAGCAGCGGGGACCAGUCUUCAGACUCCUUGAACUCUCCCACUCUCCUGGCUUUGUAACCCAGCUGGGCGCUGUCCUUCCCAGCUCUGGAGGGGAAUGAAGGGAAGCCACCCUCCACCUUCUCCACUGUCUCCUUCCCAGGGACCAGCACACUGGCAGUGAGUGACAGCAGAGAGAGGGACACUACAGGAGAGCUUGGCUCUGGGGAGAAUGAAGUGGACUCUGGCGGUGAGGAGUACGAAGGACCUCAGGGCAGACCAGUGGAUGAAGUGGGGACUCCCUCAUUAAUCCCACAGGCAGUUCCUGUUACCUUCAAAACUUGGGAGAACUCUGUUUUGUGGACUCGUGUAUCUCCCUGAAGCUGAUCUGGACCAUUGCUUUCCCUUUCUUCUGAUACUGUAUUUUGGAGUGAUGGUUUCUUUCCAUGGCUUCCUUUCCCCCAUGGGGGCACAUUUGAUGCCUUCCCUCCCACUCAAACCAUUCCUGUUCAGCUUUAUUCCCCUUAUAUCGAUUUCUCUCCCUUUUUUGUUUCUCACCCUUCCGGGACAUUUCACGAGGGUGGUCUGAGCACUUAAGACUCCCAUAAGAAUCUUUAUUUGUUUCUGGAGGUAGGGCUGUGAGUAAAUGAUUUUCCUUGA